GUGGUCGAAGAGGGGGAAACAAGAGUGGACGCAUUGACGCUCAGUUCCAUCAUGGUGGAGUUGCCGUUGCAGGACUGCAAGAGGCAGGCUCCUGCUGGAGCGAAGAUUUGUCUGUUUCUUGAUGCCAAUGCCACCACUGGUUCUACCCCGGAUGAUUUAAUUGGGGGUGCAGGUCAAGAGACGCCUGAUGGUCCCGCACCGAUUUUUGAGCAUUCGUUGCAACAGUUGCAGCUAGCUUGCCCGGCUACGUGGGAGGGCAUUCAUGUAGGGCAACAUGGAACCUGGCGGCACCCUCGUGGGCAGUGGAAGAGACUCAACUAUGCGCUUAUGUCGCUUGACAUGAGUGCUUGGGCGCAAAAGUCUUCGUGCUGGGUCUCAUUUGAUGGAGGCUUCGCUCAUGAAGACCACAUCCCCACUGUCACUGAGUUGGGUGGCUGGGUUUUCGUCGAACAGCAGAUCAGGAGCAAGAUCGACCGGAGCCAAUGUGCUGUUGCUGAGAAAGUUGCUGCUUUCCAGAGCAGGUUGCAGGCAUUGCCGAUCCCUCCGUGGCACACGGAUAUUGAUGAGCAUGCCGCCUGGCAACGACAACAUAUCCGGACGUUGGCUGAGGAAAUUUUUGCUCCGAUACCAAAGCCGAAGCAGCCUCCGUAA